GCACGUGAACGUCCCAUCAGAUCAGCUCCGUCGGGUCAUAGCGCCUGUAGGUUCUGGGUAGUUCCUUUUACAGGGUUAGUCUGUAAGUUAUGUUGUUUUACGGCCAAUAAAUUGAUGUGAUAACAUCUUAUAUUGUAUGAAAUAAAACCCUCAAUGAAUAAUAAGCAAGGGAAGAAGCAAAGCACGAGGACGAGACUUUAAUCGUCAGUGUGGUGUCGUCCUCAGACCGGAAGAAGAACAACACUGGAGAACAAACUCAGACCUCUGUAGGCCCUUUGUUUAGUCUCAUACUGCCAGCAUCAUGGAGGAGGAAGAGGCCACUGCAGAUGGCGAGGUGGAGACCCCCUACUCUGCAGAGAUCUAUGCAGCUGAAGCCAUGGCUGCAGACAUGGACCCCUGGAUUGUGUUUGACUCCAGAAAGACGCCCAGAUCCGAGUUUGAGAGCUGGCUGGAGAGCAACAGGCCCUCACAGGUGUGCAGGUUUGGUGAUGAGGAAGGUGGCGUCAGCCCUGUGGGGUGGAUUGCUGUGCUGGGCACAAACCACUGCCCCGGUGGUGGGGAUGUGGCAGCCCUCCAGGAGAGCUGGGAGAAACUACUCGUCAGUGGCCGGCCUGUCGGCUUCCAGACAGUGAAGGAGCUGGCCCUGAACCACGGCGUGCUCUCGGGCAAGUGGCUCAUGCACUUGGACUCUGGUUUCAAGUUGGACCAUGCAUGGGAGUGCGUGGCCAGAGCAGCCCUAGACGGCAAGAUCUCCACUGUUAAAGUCAGCCCUCACAAUCCUAAGGCUGGGGGCAAACAGGUGAUCUGCGUCUAUAACCAGAACUUCACUGAAGAGAACGAGGUUAUACGGCUGGACUCUAUCAUUCGUGCCACAGGCGUCAAGUGCGCGCUCUCCUACAAGCCGGACGUGUACACAUACCUGGGAAUCUACCGAAACAAUCGCUGGAAGCUUUGCCCCACCAUAUACGAGAGUAAGUUUGACCUGGAGUGUGUACCCAGACGCUCCCACAUUGUCAACAAAGUCACCAACCUUGAAGUAACAUAAGCCUGAGAGAACACCGGGGCAGUGUUGCAGGAUGGGUUAAUGUACAGGCACUUUGCGACGCCAUGAGCUGGGCCGUGCUGAACAACUGAAGAGUUUGCGAUUGAACUUUUUAUCUUGAGUUCUUCCUUUUAUUUCUCAAAAAGCACUAAGUCUUCUUACUCUGUGAUUAUUUCAAAGUGACCUGAGGAGUCACAUUUUUUUGUAUUCAGUCUGUUGUAUUCAUAAAAAAUAUGAGUAUUUGUAUUCUUAAGGUUCGACCUGAAACGCACUGACACACCUGACGGACGGUGUCUGAAGAAGUCUUUGUUUUGUAAGUGCAGAGAAAAAAUAAGCAUCCAGUGAAGAGUUUCUUUUUUACCGUUUACAUUUGUGUCAUCUGUUUGGCUUUUAUUUUGGUGGGUUUGUGAUGAACCACAUGAACGGAAUUGCCAAAUAAAUUCUACUUUUGAACACCA